CGGGCUCCGCCCAACUAGCCAACCGCCACAGUAGAAUGGGCGUGGUCUCCACACAAAUAGGAGCUGAGUGUAGUCUAGUCUACAAGUGGUACAAAGUGGUGCAAGUAGUUCCAUACGACAAGAUUCAAGGAAGCUAUGGUGUAUUUAUCAGGAGGUAAAGUCCUUGAGAACAGGUCAUGGCUGAGUGUGGACGGUAUCGUUGACUUGUUCUGGGCUGUCAUUAACUUCUUUGUCUUGUUCUUCAAGACUCUAAUAAGCCCUGGAGCUAGUGCUACUGGACCAUCACGCAGCACAGACUAUAGGCGAUCUGGAGUUGCUGAUCAAGGGAGACGUAUUGGUCGUGUUGGUAAGGGUGCUGGUGGUGGUGCUGGACCUCCCCCCAUGGGCGGUGGAUGAGGAAGGUAGAGUGUCUUCUUGCUCCCGAGCUGCUGCUUGGAGUGGAAGACACUGACUGACCCACUGUUGGCUAGACAACUGUCUCUCUCUCUACAUGUGAUGCUUCCCUUGAAAACCCCUCAGGACAAUGGUGGCUGAUGACAGGACAGGAACUGGCUAGCUCUCUCUGUAUUUGUGUUGUUCCUACAUGUAUAUACUUGUCUGUUAUAAUUAUCAUGACAUUGAAAAUCAA